AUGACAGUGACCCAGCUGCUGCCCCCUGCAGCAGCCCACAGUUCAGCAGGACAGGAGCCCUGCGGGAGGGAGGAGAGCCCAGGAGUCCAGCACAGCAGCCUCCCCAGCAUCAGACGAUCUCAAACUAGCUCCAUCACAAGAAUGACAACACCGCCUUCCUCACCCUCCCCAAGUGUACACAAUCCUACAGACAGUGUCUCUCAAGAGACAUCUUCUUCAGGUGGAACAACUGACUCAUCCCUUUCCAGUUUCAGCCACACAGCUUUGGCUACAUCAGAGUUACUGACAGCCUCCACAAGCAACACAGGGAAAACCUCACAAACUGUAAACGGAAGCUUUCCUUCAGUGACUUCUACAGUCUCAAUGACAACUGGACUAGAAGGGCAAUCAACACCCUCUACUGCCACCCCUACUCAGGAGACAUCAGCACUUUCACAAACCCUCUGGACUCAGAGCACUGAGACCACUGGAAGAUCUCAAGCCGGCAUCAUAACAAGAGUAACAACACCACCAGUUCCACCCUCCCCAAGUGAACACAUUCCGACAGAGACUGUUUCCCAGAAGACAACUACUUCAAGUGAAACAACCACUUCAGGCCCUACCAGUGGUAGUCACACAUCUCCAAUGGCAUCUUCAAUAGACAUGACUCUAGGAAACACAAGGGAAGCAUCACUAUCUAUAACUACGAGCUUUCCUCCAGUCACUUCUAAAGUUUCAACAGCCUGGUGGUCAGGUGUGCAAUCAACACCAAUCUCUUUCAGCUCUUCAAAUCAGAAAACAUCAGCAGUAUCCCAGACACACCAGAGUGAAGGCACAGAGUUCACCAGAGGGACUCUAGCCAAAAGCUCAAGUUCUGCAAGUAUGUCUCAGGAGAUUUUCACUGCACGUGAAACAACAACAUUCCCUUCUUUAUCCUCCAGGGAUACCCACACAACUCAAUCACAAACAAAACUACCACCAAUGCUAACUGGGAAUACCACAACAGUCAUUGACAUAGAAACCUCAUCUACUGCUACAACUGCGGCUAUUCUCAGAGUUUCUCAGAUAGGUCACACUCAUGGCUCACAUUCCACCCAAGAAUCUCAAACCAUGAAUUCCAUUUCACCAAUGACAGACAAUCUCAAGAAAGUCACAAUUCCAACUUCUUUCUUCAAGUCAAGUGGGCCUUCUCCCUCAGUACCAAUUCUUCAGGAUACAUCAGAAGCAAGGAUAAUGACAACCUCAUCAAGGACAAACAGUGGGAGAAGCACAGCAACAACACUACCAAAAACAGCCUUCCAGACCCUCACAACUUCUAUUACCAGCACAUCUAUAGUCAUCCACUCAUCUCCCCCAGUCCCUAUCAAGCCCGAUAAAGGUGUUUCCCUCUUUCCCUAUGGGUUGAGUGUUCAAGACCAGAAGUUUGUCAAGAGGACUGUGGACUUCACCUCACUGCUCUUCAAGCCCAAGAUUGGGUUCCCAUUUGGUUCCUCUCUCCGGGAUUCCCUCUACUUCACAGAUAAUGGCCAGAUCAUUUUCCCUGAGUCUGACAACCAGGUUUUCUCCUACCCCAACCCACCCAGUAGAGGCUUCACAGGCUGGGAGUCUGUGGCUCUGGUGGCUCCAUUUUGGGAUGAUGCUGAUUUCUCCAGCCACCGAGGAACCAUAUUUUACCAGGAAUAUAAGACAUUCUAUGACGAAUACAAUCCACUAGUCCGGCAGGUGGAGUCUUGGAUUGAAAAGUUUGCAAACACCUGGUACUACAAAGCCAGGUGGACCCUAAAAGUCACCUGGGUCAAUGUUCCUGCCUAUCCUGCCCACUGGACCUCCGGGACCAAUACCUACCAGGCCAUUCUCUCCACGGAUGGGAGCAAGUCUUACGCCUUAUUUCUCUAUCAAAGUGGUGGCAUGCAGUGGGAUGCUGCCCAGCGCCCUGGCAACUCAGUCCUCAUAGGCUUCUCCAGUGGAGAUGGCUAUUUCCAAAACAGCCCACUGACAUCCCGGCCUGUGUGGGAGAAGUAUCGCCCAGACCAAUUCCUGAAUUUCAACUCAGGCCUCCGGGGACUGCAGAUCUAUACACUACAUAGAGAAGAAAGGCCCAACUACCGUCUCAAGUGUCUGCAAUGGUUGAAAAGACAACCUCAAUGGCCCAGCUGGGGCUGGCACCAGAUCUCCUGCCCUUGCUCCUGGCAGCAAGGCCGAUGGGACUUACGAUUCCAGCCCACCAACAUAGGCUGGUGGGGCAGCAGCAGGCAACUGUGCAGCUUCUCCUCCUGGCGAGGGGGCGUGUGCUGCAGUUAUGGGCCUUGGGGAGAGUUUCUGGAAGGCUGGAGAGUGCCGAGUCCUUGGCAGUUUGACCAGGAACUGGAGUCGAAGAGCUGGUGUUGCCACUGGAAUGACAAGCCCUUCUUCUGCACCUUGUACAAGCAAAGGCAGCCCCGUGUCAGUUGUGCUGGAUACAGGCCCCCACGACCAGCCUGGAUGUUUGGAGACCCUCACAUCACCACCUUCGAUGGUGCAAACUAUACCUUCAGUGGCCUAGGAGACUUCCUGCUGAUCCGGGCCAAGAACAGAAAUUCCUCCUUCCUUCUGCAGGGCCGCACUGCCCAGACUGGCAUGGCCAAGGCCACCAACUUCAUUGCCUUUGCUGCUCAGUACCACUCCAUCAGGCUAGAACCUAUCACAGUUCAAUGGCUUCUUGAGUCCAAUGACAAAAUCCACGUUCAGCUCAAUAACAAGACUGUAACAUUUGAGACCAACAAUAAAGAUGCAGAUGGCCAAGAGAUAUUCAACACCACUGGAAUCAUAUUAAUCCACAACGGCUCCAUGGUCUCAGCCAACUUUGACGGGACAGUGACCAUCUCAGUGAUAGCUGCCUCCAACAUCCUCCAUGCCUCUUCCAGCCUUCCAGAGGAGUAUCAAAACCACACAGAGGGCCUCCUAGGUGUCUGGAAUGACAAUCCGAAUGAUGAUUUCAAGAUGUCCAAUGGCACCACCCUUCCCCUAGAGAGCUCUGAAGAGAUGAUUUUUCACUAUGGAAUGACCUGGGAAAUCAAUGGAACAAGUCUCCUUGGAAACAGGAAUGACCAGCUGCCUUCCAACUUCACCCCUAUCUUCUUUAAACAACUGAGCAAUACUUCUUUGGAUCAAAACUUGAUCUCCCAUUGUAAUGAAGAUACACAAUGCAUCUUCGACACUCUGGCCACACGCAACAUGACUACUGGACAGCACACUAAGAUGCUCUUUAGAAGAUUCCAGGAGAUUAACGCAACUCUCAAUCAGUACCCUCCCUCAAUCGAGGGUGAGCCAAUGCUUACAGCCUACAAAGGGCAGACUAAGCUGUUUCAGUACUCUAGCAAGUCUGAGAACACCACAUUCUCACUCAGAAACAACUCUACUGAUUUCACACUCUUAGAGAAUGGAACAUUGCUAUGGACACCAAAUUCACUGGAACCAUUCACUCUGGAGAUUCUAGCAAAAAAUGUCAAGAAUGGCUUGUCAUCUGAGCUCCAGCCUACCACUGUGGCCUGCUUUUGCAGUGCAGAAAGCCAGUGUUUAUACAACAUGACCAGCCGGGUGGGCAAUUCUUCCCUUGAGGUAGCAAACUGUAAGUGUGAUGGGGACAUCUUUGGUCACCGAUGUGAACGCUCCAGAGACCCUUGUGAAGAGUGCUUCCCGAAUGUAAACUGUACUCCUGGGAAGGGCUGUGAGGCCUGCCCCCCGCACCUGACUGGGGAUGGACGUCACUGUGCAGCUCUGGAGAACUCUUUCCUCUGUGAGAACAAGUCCUGCCCUGUCAAUUACUGCUACAACCAUGGUCACUGCUACAUCUCCCCGACUCCAGACUGCCAGCCCACCUGCACAUGCCCCCCAGCCUUCACCGACACCCGUUGCUUCCUGGCUGGAAACAAUUUCACCCCCUCUGUCAGUUCAGAGCUUCCCUUAAGAAUCAUCCAGCUCUUGCUCAGUGAAGAAGAAAAUGCCUCCGUCGCAGAGGUCAACGCCUCAGUGGCAUACAGACUGGGGACCCUGGAUGUGCGGGCCUUUUUCCGGAACAGCCAGGUGGAAGCAAGGAAGUCCUCUGCCCCAGCCUCAGGAAGCUCCCUGCACCGCUGGACUGUCAUCUCUGAAUUCCAGUACCGUCCUGGGGGCCCUGUCAUUGACUUCCUUAACAACCAAUUGCUGGAUGCAGUGGUGGAAGCCUUCUUACCCCAAGCCCCCAGGAAGGGGUGGAGCAGGAGUGAGGGGCCCAGGCACAACGUCAGCUUCCAUCCCAUCUCCAGAAGAGACAUACACAACCUGAAGCAUGCAAACGUGAGCACGCUGGAAACUCACUUCCAAUGUAAUGGCUACAAGGGCUACCACCUAGUCUACAGUCCCCAGAGGGGCUUCACCUGCGUUUCCCCGUGCAGUGAGGGCUAUUGUAAGCACGGAGGCCAGUGCCAACACCUGCCUGAAGGGCCCCACUGCAGCUGCGUGCCUUUCUCCAUCUACACACCCUGGGGCGAGCACUGUGAGCAUCUGAGCUUGAAACUUGGCGCCUUCUUUGGGAUCCUCUUUGGAGCUCUGGGUGCCCUUCUGCUACUGGGGGUCGUGGCGUUUGUGGCUCUGCGCUUCUGCAGUUACUCCAAGACCUGGGACUCCUACCCUCUGGGCUCGGAGAGUUGA